AUGUGGUUUGUUCCUCUCUACCAUUCCUUGCAGUCACAGGUUGCAAUAGCUCAGUCUUUGAAUAUAGUACUUCUGCAGAUACUGAUUUACAGAGAUGCAGAAGAACUGAUGAAGUAUUGUCAGCGGCACAUGCACAGAGGGGCAAGAAAGCUAUAUAUAGCGUCGGAGUCGGCAAUUAUAUCUGAGGCCACUCCUCCCACAAUGGUGAAAAUAGUUCUACUAGAAGCAGCAGCAGUGACGCCACCACCAUCACCGACGAAAAUACCAGCAUCUGUGAUUUCUGAGUAUCUUGGUAUGCAAUUGUUUAAGGUUUAUUCAGAACAGGGAGAGGAGGAAUUUUGUUAUGCUUUGAGUCUGGAUUAUGUUUCAUCGUGCCAACAUGCCAUGGCAAACGGGGUUAAAGCAAGGAUCUUCCUGAAGAAUGCGAUUCGUGCUGCUGUGACCUACACUAAGCACACUCGUCGCAAGACCGCGAUGGCCAUGGAUUGA